UUUUUCGGAAGAAAAACCUCGAACUAUAAUUUUAGGUUUUUAAACCUUAAACUAUUGAUUUCUUAGUGUCGUUAACCCUCCGUCGACAGUGUAAGCUUUUCUCAACGGAACUCCGUUAAAUUAAAACGAAGCGUUUCAUUAAAUUUCAAAAACGUCAUGAGUUGUGUAAGAAACAACACAGUGUUUGUCCAGAACAGCAUGAAGUCUUUUACUUGACUCUAAAAUCUCUUUCACGACAUAAUUCUUUAAAAAAAAAUCCCAAUUCACUAACCCUAAUUGCGAUGAAGGGCUCUUGAUUCUGAGAUUUCAGGUGGGUUUCUGAAUCAGAGAGUUUUCGGGUGGGUUUCUGAAUUGAAGAGAUUUCGGGUGGGUAUUUGGCUUGAUUAAGUAUAAAUCGAAGGAGAAGGACCCAACUUUUGAGUGAAAAAAGGCGACAUUUAUGUUCAUAAUUCUACAGAGUUGAAGCUUGUUGUAGGUUGAAGAUGACAAGGUAAUCUUUUUUGUUUCUAUUGUUGUUGAGUUUCUUUUUUGUUUCAAGCCACGAAUUUGGUUUCAUAUUUUUUUUUUUUUGGUUUCUGUUGACAGAACUAUUUUCUUCCGACUACACCUUGGAGGAUAUUGGGGCAGUGAUGGUUUAUACAACGGUGGAAUUACACGAAGCAUUAGGCUGGAUUGUCAGGAACCGACUUUGGCAAUGUUGAAGCGGAUGGUGUUGAGGGCUGGAUAUGCAGAGAAUAUGUGUAAGUUUGCUUACUUCCCAUCUAGAAUAAUGGGUCAGAAUCGUAAGGAUGUGUCUACUGAUAGCGAUGUUAUAGAAAUGAUUCAGUGUUCACAAGAGAUAGAGAGUCUGAAUUUGUAUGUGGUUAGGGAGGAUGAUCCUUAUUUAGAUGAUGUUCUUAUUGGGGAUGAUGUAGAAGAGGAACCUGAGGAUGAUGCACACAUUGAUUUCUAUCAGAAUGAUUAUGUUGACAGUAAUGAUUCAGAUGAUGAUGAUGAAGGUAGUGUGAUAGAGUUCUUUGUAGGGCAAGAGUUUGUUUCAAAAGAAAAGUGCAGGGGAACAAUUGAGAAGUAUGCUGUGAGAGAGAAGGUGAACAUCCAUUUUCAGAAAUCAGAAAAGAAGAGAGUAGCGGCUAUAUGUGCUCAAGAGUGCUGCAAGUGGAGACUUUUUGCAUCAAUAAACAGCCAGUCAGAUAAAAUGGUGGUGAGGUCGUAUAAAGGAGAACACAAUUGCUAUCCUAUAGGUGUUGUCGACCUGUACACUGCACCAAAAAUAGCUGCUGAUUUUCUCAAUGAGUUCAGGCACAAUCCGAAGUUGACAGCUGAUCAAAUCAUGCAGAGGUUGGGUAUAAAAGGUCUCCGGGUUACAAAAACCAAGUGUCAGAGUGCAAGACAGAUUAUGAAACAUAUCAUUGAGGAUGAGUAUGCGGAGCAGUUCACAAGAAUGUAUGAUUAUGUGGAGGAGUUGAGGAGGACAAAUCCGGGUUCUACUGUGAUAUUAGGAACAAAAGAUCGAGUUUUUGACAAGUUCUACACUUGCUUUCAGUCUCAGAAGCAAGGUUGGAAGAGUGCUUGUAGGCGGAUAGUACACCUUGAUGGGACCUUUCUCAAAGGAAGAAUGAAAGGGCAAUUGUUAACUGCUGUGGGAAGAGAUCCUAAUGAGUCGAUGUAUAUCAUAGCAUGGGCUAUUGUACCUGUCGAAAAUAAAGUUAACUGGAAGUGGUUUAUGGAGUUACUGCGAGAAGAUUUGGGAUUGGAGGAUGGUAAUGGGCUUGCUCUCUCUUCAGAUCAGCAGAAAGGGUUAAUCUAUGCCAUUACAGAAAUCCUUCCUUAUGCAGAGCACAGAAUGUGUGCUAGACACAUCUUUGCUAAUUUACAGAAGAAGUAUAAACAGAUGGGGCCACUGCAUAAGACGUUUUGGAAGUGUGCUAGAGCGUAUAAUGAAACUGUUUUUUGGAGACAACUUGAGAAGAUGAAGAACAUAAAGCUAGAAGCGUAUGAGGAUGUGAAGAGGACCACUGAUUCUCACUGGUCUAGGGCAUUCUUUAGUGACACCACCAAGUCGGCUGCAGUGGAGAACAAUAUCAGUGAGUCGUAUAAUGCAGUGCUGAAAGAUGCUCGGGAAAUGCCUAUUAUUGCAUUGCUGGAGGAAAUAAGACGCCAUAUUAUGGCUAGCAACUUGGUUAAGAUCAAGGAGAUGGAAAGUGUCACAAGCUUGGUGACACCAAAGGCAUUGGCGAUUAUGGAAAAACGUAAGAGGAGCUUAAAGUGGUGUGCUCCGCUGUCAAAUGGAAGAGGAAUAUAUGAGGUCGAUUAUGGGAAGGACAAGUUUGUGGUUCAUGUCAGAGAUAAUACAUCUUGUACUUGCAGGGAGUAUGAAGUUAGUGGGAUACCUUGUUGUCAUAUCAUGGCUGCAAUGUGGGCUGAGUAUAAGGAAACCAAGCUUCCGGAGACAGUGAUAUUGGAUUGGUAUUCAGUGGAGAAGUGGAAACUUUGCUACUCAUCUCUUCUAUUUCCUGUGAAUGGGAUGGAGCUUUGGGAAACACAUAGUGAUAUUGUUGUUAUGCCUCCUCCGGACAGAAUCAUGCCUGGAAGACCAAAAAAUAACAACAGAAUCAGGGAUCCAAGUGAAGAAGCUUCUCAAAAUUCUAAUAAGGCAUUAACGGUAAUCAACCUCUUACCAUAUAUAUUUUAUCAAUUAUCAACCUCUGACGAAAGCUUUUUAAUGCAGACUUGUAGUAACUGUGGAGAAAAGGGACACAACAUACGCACAUGCCCAAAAGAAGUGGUCCCAAAACCACCAAAACCACCUCAAGAGUUUCCUUCUUUUCAUGCAAAUGCUGUUAUGGUAAGCGUUUCCUUCUUUUCAUACUAUUUGUUGUGGUUUGAAAGUGAACUGAUUUUUUUUUUUGCAGACAUGUAGCAAUUGUCAACAAACCGGACAUAACAAGCGUAAAUGCAAACUUGAUCCUGUUCAUAAGCCAACCAAACUGCCUCGAGGAAGACCAAAAAGACAGCCGACCACAAACCCGACCACAGACCUGACCACAGACUGAAGUUGUUUGCUGCUUGGCUUUUUUUAUGUUGCAUUUGCCUUUUGGUGUUUUAAUUAGGAUGAUUACACGGUUUGUGUUGUUUUGAUGAUGAUGUUUACUCGGCUUUUAUUCUUUUGACUCUGAAUUUUGUUGUUUUGCUUAGGAUGAUGGUUCUUUUGUAAUGCUAUAUUUUUAAUUUUCAUUUUGAAAGGCAAACAAAAUAUCAUGCGAAUAUUGAAGUAGAUAAAGUCUUAACAUAAUUCAACUUACACAUCCAAACAACAACAAUGUUUAAUACAUAAGCCAAACAACAACGAUGUUUAAUACAUAAACGAAACAACUACGGUUCUGCAACUUAAGUCUAAAACUUAGAUCUAAAACUCUCAAGCACUUCAAUGAUCUCACCAAUAUCUUUCUUCAGCUCACCAAUUUCUGUUUUAAUCUCAGCCAAAUCUUUUGCCAUCAUUGCUUGUUGACUUCUCAAUAUUCCAAGUUCUUCAUGGUGUGCUUCAUCAAGCCACUUGAACACAUGGUUUGGACCAUAUAUUUCUCCACAUCUGUAAAAUCUUCUUCCUGGAUUUUGAGCUGUCUUUGACUCCAAUAUGAUUGUGGGAGCUCCACAUUCACAUUUCCUAGGAAUUCCACCUCCCUCAAUGUGAUUAUCCAUCUCGUCACACUCGAAAUUGUACUUCUUUCCACUGCAAAGCCAAAUUUUGAACUGUUAUUGGGUUACUGAACUUUCAAAAUUUCACCUUUUUGAUAAAUAAACGAAUAGGUUAUAAAGAAUUAUGUUUAUAAACAACAAGAACCCUAAAUUUGACUUAUCUCACCUUGGCUCUUCAGAAAGAUGAAAGACCUAAUUUUUUUCUCAGAUUUGGGGAUGAAUCGUGUUUUUCUUUACUGGUAAAGGGGUUUUUACACAACUCAUGACGUUUUUUAGAUUUAAUGAAACGCUUCGUUUUAAUUUAACGGAGUUCCGUUGAGAAAAGCUAACACUGUUGACGGAGGGUUAACGACACUAAGAAAUCAAUAGUUUAAGGUUUAAAAGCCUAAAAUUAUAGUUCGAGGUUUUUCUUCCGAAAAAUAAAUAGUUCGAGGUUUAAAUCACUAAAUUCCCCUUUUUUUUUUAAUAAAACUUUUCUUUCUCAAAGAAGAAUAAGACGAGAGAUUGAUCUAUGCUCUUUCUACUUUUUUUCCUUCGCGACAGAUAGAGAGGCCUGUCCUAAACAGAAUUUCCAACCGACAACUUCUCGCAGACAUCAGGUGUUCCACGCGAUUCGAUCGGUUUAUGGAGGAAUCAAUGCUAAUAUGAUUAAACUGAGAUUCUGGGGAUUAAGUUUAAGUGGGAAGCUGUUAUUUGUUCAUAAUGGGAAUAAACUACUUGUCCGUCUCCGUGGCAUCAACAGCUCUGAGCUUUGUUGGGCUUCAAGUCUUGACGGAGUUGUCUCUUGAUAAACUUAUAGCAAAUGGGAUGAUAGCCAAGAAGAGCAUUUCUUUAGCAGACUCUGAGCAUUCCCUUGACCUGCUUCUCG